CGAGGCACUUCGCGAGUACAUAUUUCGAAUGUUCAAAUGAGACAGCGUGAGUUUGUAAACGAAUCACACGGCACUCGGCAGACAAGUGACGAUCGCGUGAAAAAGUGAGGAUCUGCGAAGUCGUGCGAAGUGUGAGGACGAACGCGACGAACGUUGAGUAAUUUGAAGCAACUUGAAGUGUUGAAUACAGCUGAUAGACUUUUCCUUUCCUUGCUGCGUCGUUUUUUCUGAUUCUUGUUGCGGAAAAAAUUUCAAGUGAUGGGACACGUUACGUCGGAUCGUACGAUGCAGGAGUUGACGUCCGGUGAUAGCACAACAUGGAAUCCACUAGAUGUUUUCCAGAAUAGUGCACGUGGUAUCGAAUAUGCGGUGAUCGUGCUGAAUCGUCGCAUACACUGGCAGCACAACGUACUACUUCGAUUCUGGCAAAAAGCUCGAAUCACCGUCACUGUGGAUGGUGGAACACAGAGAUGGCUGAAGUAUUUGGAAGAACACGGAAUAGAUGUAUUGAACACUGAGCACAAGCAUUAUGCACCGGAUCUCAUCACAGGGGAUAUGGAUAGCUGUCCACCUUAUAUCGUUGAGAAGUUUGAAAGUAUACGAUCCACUGUCAUCAAAACACCUGAUCAGGAUAACACAGAUUAUACCAAAGCUCUGCUGGAAGUUGCACACUAUGCUAAGACGCACAACAUAAAUUUAGGUGAAAUAUAUGUACUUGCAGAAACAUCAGGCAGGUUUGAUCAUAUCAUUGCCAAUGUCAAUACUCUAUACAGAAGUGACAAGCUUGUGGGAGAUAUACGGGUGAUACAACUUGCAAGCAAUUCUAUGACAUGGAUAUUAAAACCUGGUAUGCAUAGUAUACAUAUACCAGAAAUUUUGAUUCAACAGAAAUCUUGGUGUGGUUUACUACCAUUUGGUUGUACCGUCAAUUGUAUAUCAACGACUGGUUUGAAAUGGAAUUUAAAUAAAACAACUAUGCAAUUUGGCGGUUUGAUAAGUACUUCAAAUACUUAUGAAGAUUCCAAGGUGACUGUGAAUACAGAUACUCCGGUAAUUUGGACCAUGGGUAUAGAAUUUCUAGAGAGAGUAUAAAUGAAAUGUCGUAAUGUUAUUCUGCUAAUGUGAUUAUAAGAUAACAACGCAGAUAAGUGAUGCAAAUUCAGACAUCUAAGUUAAAUGCUAAAUAUUAGCUAAAGUUAAAAUUUUCUAUUUAAAUGACGAUAGUAAACUAAAAUGACAAUUUUUUAUUUUAAAAAUCAGUUUUAAAUAAGAUGCUUUCUAGAAACUUAUAUAAGCGAUAUUGUAACACAGUGUAUGAUAUGGAUAGGCGAUACAACGCCGUUAUUUUAAAUAUCGAUACUUUUUUCCCCGACAUUUUCUCUUUCGAUAUUGAUGUGUAUCGACAUUUGAACAGGAAUAAUUUCUGAUCCUGAUGAAACCUGUGUUAAUGUAAUACGGAUUGAUAUUGGAUUGCAGGUUGGACAAUCAGAGCAAAAUUAUUAAACUUUAAAUUAGUUUGGUGCAUUCGCGGGAGAGAUGCUAUUAGCGCUAUUUUUGUCAUUCUUUUUUCGUUGUUUAUUAGACAACAAGGAUGGAAUCAAAGAAGGAAACUUCCUUAUGGAGGGUAUGGAGUUUUCCACAGUUUCCCAGAACUUCUGAAAUGGAUGUUGAAUUCCAGAAUUCGAUGUUUAAAAAAAAUUGUCAAUUUUUAC